CACCCAAAGACCGACAGAUCUCCGGAGUGUGCGGAGUUCGGGAUUUUCUCGCCACGUAAAGUCGGUCUGCGUGAGGAAAACAUGAGUACCUCGGAGACCUUGGAUCGAAUGGAGCUCUGCGAGAGCCUGCUGACGUGGGUCCAGACGUUCGGCGUGGAGGCCCCGUGCAAGACAGUAGAGGACUUGACCAGUGGUAUCGUCAUGGCACAGGCUUUACAGAAAAUAGAUGUAGUGUAUUUCAAUGAUGCUUGGAUUAGCAGAAUCAAGCCAGAUGUUGGAGACAACUGGAGAUUAAAGGUCAGCAAUCUAAAGAAAAUCCUAAAAGGCAUCCUAGAUUAUAACCAGGAGGUCUUGGGCCAGCACAUGAACGACUUCACGCUGCCUGACAUUAACCUCAUUGGAGAACACUCAGACGCCGCCGAGCUCGGCAGGAUGCUGCAACUCAUAUUGGGUUGUGCCGUCAACUGUGAACAGAAACAAGAAUACAUCCAGACCAUCAUGAUGAUGGAAGAGUCUGUUCAGCACGUUGUCAUGACAGCCAUCCAAGAGCUGAUGAGUAAAGAGACUCCAGUUUCAGGAGGAAAUGACUCGUAUGUUGAUCUGGACAGACAGUAUAAGAAGACGGUGGAAGAGCUGAACGAUGCUUUGGCCACCAAGGAAGAGAUUGCUCAGCGAUGUCGAGAGCUCGACAUGCAGGUGGCGGCGCUGCAGGAGGAGAAAAGCAGCCUGCUGGCAGAAAACCAGGUGCUGAUGGAGCGACUGAACCAGUCCGACUCCAUAGAAGAUAUCAACAGCCCCGCCGGGCGCAGACACCUCCAGCUGCAGACACAGCUGGAGCAGCUGCAAGAGGAAACCUUCAGGUUGGAGGCAGUGAAAGACGAUUACCGGAUCCGCUGUGAGGAGCUUGAAAAAGAACUUCUGGAUGCAAAGUCUCAGAAUGAAGAGCUCACCUCUCUGGCUGGUGAAGCCCAAUCUCUCAAAGACGAGAUGGAUGUCCUUCGACACUCCUCUGAUAAAGUGUCCAAACUAGAAGGAACGGUAGAGCACUACAAAAAGAAGCUGGAGGACCUGGGGCUUCUCAGGAGACAGAACAAACUCAUGGAGGAGAAGAACACGGCGUUAAUGCAGAGCAUCGUCAGCUUGGAGGAAGAGUUACGGAAAGCGAACGCUGCGAAAGGCCAGCUGGAAACAUACAAGAGACAGGUUGUGGAGCUUCAAAACAGACUGUCAGAAGAGUCUAAAAAAGCCGACAAGAUGGAAUUUGAGUAUAAACGAGUCAAAGAGAAAGUGGACUCUCUCCAAAAAGAGAAAGAUCGCAUGCGUACCGAGAGAGACUCUCUGAAAGAAACCAUCGAGGAGCUCCACUGUGUCCAAGCUCAAGAGGGACAACUCACAUCAAGUUUGUUCCCGCUGGUGCAUAACGACGGCUCUGAUUCGCUGGCUGCUGAGAUCACCGUUCCAGAGAUUCGGGAGCAUCUGAUUCGCCUUCAGCAUGAGAACAAGAUGCUGAAGUUGGCCCAGGAAGGAUCCGACAACGAAAAGAUCGCACUGCUGCAGAGUCUACUGGAGGACUCCAACAGAAGAAAGAACGAACUGGAGACGGAGAACAGGUUAAUCAAUCAGCGCCUGAUGGAAGAACAGAGUCAGGUGGAGGAGCUGCAGAAGACUCUCCAAGAACAGGGAUCUAAAGCAGACGACUCUUCCAUUCUGAAGAAGAAAUAUGAGGAACACAUGGAAAAGGUGCGAGAGCUGAACAACGAGCUUCUGAAGAAAAACACUCUGAUCGAUGAAAUGGAGCCGAAAUACAACGCGAGCUCCCAACGUGCAGAAGAGCUGGAAGAAGCCUUGAAAAAGAAAGAUGAAGACAUGAAACAGAUGGAGGAGAGAUAUAAGAAAUACCUUGAAAAAGCCAAGAGUGUGAUCCGUACCCUGGAUCCCAAGCAGAACCAGGGUUCAGGCCCAGAGGUCCAGGCCCUGAAAAACCAGCUGCAGGAGAAGGACAGGAUGCUACAUUCUUUGGAGAAAGAAAUGGACAAGACAAAGUGCCAGAGGGACCACGAGGAAAAGCUGAUUGUGUCUGCCUGGUACAACAUGGGAAUGUCUUUGCACAAGAAGGCGGCUGAAGACAGACUUGCCAACACAGGGUCUGGUCAGUCCUUCCUGGCCCGGCAGAGACAAGCCACCAGCACACGCCGCUCGUACCCAGGCCACGUCCAGCCAGCUACCGCCAGGUAGACGGCAGCGGGGCGCACAAAUCCCUGCAACUAACUACCUUCCUUAAAAUCCCCCUGAACUUGCUUACUUGCCUAUUUUAAGGCACAGUGUUUCCACUCAUUUCUGAUGGAAGUUCUUUAUUUCCCAUGCUUUUCUGCCUAUUGAUUUUCUUCUUGUUUCUUCUCGAUCAGAUCCAUGAGGUAGAGAUGCCAGACAAGGCUGUCCAAUUCUUUCACCACUUUGUUUAUUUUGUUUCUUUUCUUUGCCCCUGACUAAGCAUUAAUUAACUCUUGUGAUGCAAGGCUUGUACCUUUCUUUUUUUUUUUUUAAGCCCCAGCAUAUUUGAUCGGGUCUGACUAAUCACUCCAAACGUCUUUUGGGCGUACUCUGGCUUCGGCCGCGCAGGUAAUGCGGACUCCCAAGACUCAGAAGAAAUCAGCUUGUCUCAUCUGUCGUCUUUUGAUGAGCGGUUGUCACUUUUUAUCGGGAGGACCCGCUCUACCUGCUCAUGCAGUAUUUAUGCACAUCUCUACCUGUGACGGCUUCAUGCUUCUGCCUGAAGUUUGCGAAUUUUGAUUGUGCGUCUUUUUGUUUUAACUUUCUACAUCGUUACGUUUAAAGACUUAAAAAACUAAUUUACAUUUCAGCAUUUUUUACCUCGGUCUAAUUUCACUUCAAAUCUGUCUUAAAGUGGACCUAUGAUGCUGUUCUCCAGUGAAGUGGAUUUUUUAUUUCUCUUAUACAGGCUGUUUAUAUGUUGUAAUUUUAUUCUAUGUUAUGGAAUUGUAGCUUUGCCUGAAGCCGCCCAUCCCAAAAGCUCUGUUUGGCUGUAUUUUGUUGCAAACAUAUACAUUGAGUGCCUGUAAUUUGACACCAGCCUCAUCAGGUUGUAUCUGGAGCAGAUGAUCAUGUGAAAACUCCUUCGCUUCAUCAUAUGAUGGCUGCGGAAGCAUCAUGGGUCUCCUUUAAGCUGCAGAUGCGUGGAGGCAUAGGAAGACGUCUGGUUUGUUGGCUAACCGACCUGAAUGAAUAAUCCACUGAACUCCUGGUCGGUGAUCAGCUUAAAUGAUUUCCAUUGAGGUUUGAAGUUGCAGUCCUUGCUUUGGAAGAUCGAGGCUGAGAUAACUCUUCCUCCGUACACUAACCUGGUUUGAAAUCUCUCCUUAAAGAAGCAGCUUUGAGCCAUUGUUUAGCAAAACUUACCAGCAUUUAUCAGAGUCUCUCUGUGUGCCAUAGUUGUGAAUUUCACUGCUCGUACCUCACUUAUUUGAAGUUACCCCAACUUUACCAUGUCAUUCUAGAUCAGAGGUUCUCAAAUUAUAGGAGCUUAUCACCCCCCCCCCCCCCCCCCCCCCCCCUUUUAAUUCCUGCUCCUCGAUGCCUCCUACACUUUGAGAACCUCUGCUUGUGGAAUAAAUUCCCACCAUGGAAUGAAAAGUCCUGUUUAAUCAGGGUUGAAAGUUGUUUGGUUUGGAAGCGCCGCAGUCGGAAGCAGCAGGAUUCUUGUUGUAGUCGUCGCCAUCCUUGGAAAUGUUUGUUUUUAUUCCAUCCUCUGCACAUUGUCAUGACUUUAAAUUCUCUUCGGCGGUGAAUGUGUGUGUUCACACCAUUCUAACAGUCGCCACCGUCUGAUCAUAACUUCUCUCUCCUCCAACAGCAAUGUCACUGCAUGACCGGCACACCAAUGAGCUGCCCAAAGCCUUGCCCGGCCUGGCCGCCACUGACCCCCCCACUACCCCCCCCUUCCCUCCCCUCCCGAUGCAAUGCAUGAACUACACUGCCUGCGAACUGUUUGCAUGACCUUCCAUUGACUCCAGCCUGCAAAUAACCGACCCGCCAUCGGCAGCAUGAGCACUAACAGCCCUCCUGCAGCGCCAUGCGUCAUCACCAGUUGAUUCAAUAAGCCUUUUCUGUGUGUUUAACCUGGAUUUGGCUGUUUUGCGAUACCUCAAUGACAAAUCUCCACAUACCUGCUUUCAUGUACGCGGUCCUGAAGAACGUCGGAGGGAUAUUUGAGAGGUUUAGCCUGCAAAUCGGUCUGCAUAACGGAAAGGCGUGUCCUCUCUGCACAUUCAGCCUCUCCGUCUUUUCGCAUGUUAGAAAUGGUUUUACCUGAAGUAUGGACUACACAGCAAGUGACUUAAAGCUGGUGGGACUCCACUGUAUUUCCCUAAAUACUUGUGGACAGGCUGCAUAGGAUGGCAGAAGAAAAAAAUGUUACAAAUGUGCUUUUUAAAUUUUUUUUUUUUUUUUUUACAGAAUAAAAGCCCCCAUUAAGCCUUCUUACACUUUAUCAGUAUCGGUUCAGUAUUGAUGCCCGCCGUUUUCAGUAUGAUCGAUCAUUCGGAUGAGACGGUGCUUUGGCGCGUUCAGGAUUUAGGGAUUGUCCGCUUUCAUCAGUCUAAAGGAAAUCAAUGCAAUAAUUUUAAAAGACAAUGUCGAUCGCUUUGCUUCAGAAGCGGUCACAUCAGACACUUCAUCUUAUUCGUUACUGCGUCUCGUCACAGGUCAAAAAUAAAAAAAGAUUGACUUUAAGGGUGCUUUCUAAACUCCGUGUUGCAGUGGUUAGCAUGCUCGCCUCGCAAUGAGGAAGUCCUGGUUCAGUUUGCAUGUUCUCCCACGCACACACGGGUGUCCAGUCUCAAAAAAAAUAACCAUGCACCCUGAGGAAGAGAUUCCAGUACUGUUACAGUGUUUCUGUAUGUUACCUCGUACAUUUAUGUAGACUUUUUUUUUUUUUUUUUUUUUUUUUUUUAAGAAUGUCUUAUUUAAAUUUUACUUUGAGCUUAUUAAAGUUUGGUUGGAAAGGAGUUCGGAGGGACUGAAAACCAGACGGACCUGUGGACCGUAAAGGAUUGCAAUGGGGGAGAAGACGGCUUCCUCCACUUUAGUGCCUUUGUUGAACGUAGGAUUUACCCUCAGCAAGGUAUACUUUCUUACCGAAUCCUUUUUUUUUUUUUUUUAUAAUAUAUCAGGAAAAAACUAAUAUGAGAUGACUUUAAGCCUCAUCUUCAUGACGUAUUCCAUCAUUUAAAUACUUUCGGCGGGCUUAAUGAGGGCUUUUCCUCACUUUUUAACCUAUUUUACUUCAACUUGUUAUAACAUGUAACCUUAGUUUCAAUCAUACCAUGGAGUUUUAUCCUAAUGGCUUAUUUAUUCCUUUGCCGCUUGUACAGCAGUGUUAACUUUUCUUCUCUCUUUUUUUUUUUUUAAAACAUUAGUAUUAUUAUAUCAUCACACAUACUGUUACAAAGGAUGUCUCUGUAGACGUGAAAAUACUGUUGAAUACUUUGCUUAUGCAACGGAAGGAGGUCGAGCUCUGCGGCGUUCGUCUCCGCGUGACGACGGUGCGAAUUGGAGAAGCGUCGGGUUCCAUUUACCUCUGGUUUCUUCAGGAACAGGAGAAAAUCACUGUGUUAAGUAAUGGUGCGUUAAAAGGAACGUCUCCUCUUUUAUGACUUAUUAAAAAAAAAAAAAGCACAUUUUUCACUUUAAAUUUGCUGAAAGGUGAAUUUACUGACCCAACAAAUGACUAUAUUUAUACAAAGACUAAAAGUCUUGUCUGUGGAAGAAAAAAAAAAAACGAGUUAAUUGGCCGUUGAGCAUGUUUGUAGAAUUGCGUUGAUGUGAUGUUAAUAUUUGAGCAUCAAAUGAAUAUUAUUUCUCCCCAAAUAUGACUCAAAAUCACAUUUCCCAAUCUGAUUGUGUGAAGAGUUGUUGUCUCAUCCUUGUGUAAACCACUAGCCAUUAAUCCUUCAUUUUAAUUAACCGUCCACCCUCAACUGAUUCUGGUAAGAAGUCUGUAUAUACUGGAGCCCAUCCACCUAUACAGUUAGUAUCUACAUCAGGGAUGUGAGGAGACAUUUUUCUAAAAGCGGUUUUGAUGACUCCCUCGUAAGAAGGCAGGCUGUCUUAUCACCGAAUUAGACACUGGUUUUCUGUUACUUUAAUUCGUCCUUGUGUUUAUGCUUUGGUGUUACCUGGUUUCAAAUAUUUUAUUUUGACAGUCAGACCUUAUAAAUACAAGUUAACUGAAGGUGGCUGCUGACUGCAAUGAGAGCCAGCUGAACUUUAUUAGUCUAAAAUUAAACCCCACUCAGCUGUUACCAAGUCAGAAUUACACCGUGUGCAGUGUUGGCCGUUUUUUUUUUUUUUUUUUUUUAACCGA